AUGUCCGGAAUACCAGACCUCGACGACCGCACGCUUUUCCCUCCAUUCCUGGAUCUGCCCGAAGCCGAGGAUGGGGAUGCGGCCACCGAGAAGAAGACGGCCGGCCAGCCAGCCCUCCUCGCUCAGGUCAAGAACAACAUGACCAUCAACAAGCCGACGCUUGUGCUGAGCGACCGCGACGGCCACUCAUUCGCGCUCGUCUUUGACGGCCUGGACCGCGACGGCCUCGACCUGGAGGGCCUUGGCUUCCGACCAGGAACCACCAUCCUGGUUCCUGCAGCCAGAAGAACGAUCCCGGCGGCACGCGCGGACGACGGCAGUAGUAGCCCGGAGACGAUCAACAGCAAGGCGGCCAGACGUCCGUUUCUGCGCAUUCCCGCCGGCCAGGCAGACACGGUGCAGGUGAUGCCGGCUGCGCUGGACCAGGUCGUAGCAGCAGCAUCGCGACUUCGGCUACGGGAGCAGCAGCACGAAACGGGCCAAGACAGGCAGUGCAGUACCUGCGGGACGACGCCAGAUGCCGGACCCGCCGCCAAGCGUCUGCUGAAGUGUACAGGAUGCAGCGAAGCGUGGUACUGCAACAAGGCUUGCCAGACCCAGGGCUGGAAAGACGGACACAAGGGAGAAUGCAAGGCGAUCCGAGCGGUGGCUACAGUCUGGGGCAGCUGA